AUGCGUUGCGUGCUUCGCGCAGUCGUGCUUGUCCUUGCAGCGAUCGCGACGACGACGGCGCUUUCGGAUGCCAUCUCGUGCUCUACGAUAGCGAAUUGCCCGACCGUGCCGUGCCACACGGUGAGCGCCUGCUCGUGCGGCGUCUGCCACUACACCCAGCUCGCCGCCAAGACGCUCUGCCCGGGCCAGAGCUGCUCCAACGGACGGCCCUGCGACGACGACGCCAAGGACUUUUGCAACGCCAACGGCAAGUGUGUCGACGCCGUCAAGCGCGCUGGCACCAAAUGUGAGACCCCGUGCUUUAAGAAUGCGAAAUGCGACGGCGAGUCCGGGAUGUGUCCAGCGACCAAGCCGUCCCGGGCUGGCACUGCAUGCACAGGCAGCAACAACGACGGUCUCUGCGAUGCGCCGGAUACGUGCGAUGGCGCUGGGCAAUGCAAAGACAACUACAAGCCCAAAGGGACGCUGUGCCAAGCGGGCGGAGGCUACUCGAACAAGCCGAGCUACUACUGCACGGGCACUACCGGGACGUGCGACUCGAGCAGCGUCGUGCUCGCCGCGGGCAAGGCAGCGCCCGUCUACGAAGAGAGGAGUGGUGCGUUCGUGGUCUCGGCCGCGUAUGUGGCCGUCGGCGUCGCCGGGCUCGUCGUCGUCGCGGCGGUGCUGGUGCAGCAGCGCCGUGCACCGCAAACAGUGUUGUUUGUCGACGAUGGCUACUUGCCACUGGUGAUGUAG